UAUUGUGAAAGUGACAGGUGUUGGACAGGCCGCCUAUUGGGCUAUGUUAAUGCACGGCGUGACAAUGCUCGACCUGACAUUAGUGUCUUUACAUUAUUGGUAGUCAAUAAUGGCAACAUCCUGAAUUGUCAGUUUUGCAUUGUGUUUCGCGAGAGGUAACGAUUUUCACUUGAGGGAAAUAAUCCAAUAUCAUUACAAAGGUGAAUAAAAAGUUUUCAAAAUGAAUACCCUGGAUAAACAGUUAGCAGACUUAAGGAUCUACGCGAACGAAUUGGACGCAAAACUGCAGGACGACAUAAAUGCUGCCAAAAUGAAACCUUCCAUUCCACCCAAAAAAAAUAAGGUGCCGCAGCCGCAAAUACCUCAGAGUUGUAUGGUGAAGUCGGCUUGCGAGCCUUCCUACUCAUCGAGACUAGAGUAUGGAAGCCGUACGAGCUCAACCUACUCUAAUCUAGUGCCCGUAAAGAGCUGUAUCGUGAGGAAUACAGCGCGAGUGAAGAGCGGCGAUGUGUUCCUAUACAGCAAUUUGUUGCCUCCGGGCGGAACCAAUCACGUCUACUCGAACAUUCCGAUGCAGCGGAACGCCGAGAGCAUAUACGGCGACAGAGACGCGAGGUCUGAGGUUUCAAGAAUAAGCGAUGUUGGUGCACAAUCGAAUUAUAGCGAGUUACGGCGCCCCGGUUCUGCCUACCCUCCGUCCUCAGCUUCAGUAAACGCACAAGACUUUUCCACGUAUGGUGGCUCGCAAACUUCGUCAACAUAUGAAUCUCUAUAUGAACCAAUUAAUCCCAGACCAUGUAGCCAGUUGUCUGGGACAUCGUUAUAUGGUGGUUACGUUGGGACAGCACCGGAGCCAACACCAGAGCUAGAUGAUGAGUUGUACUGUGGUAACUGCUUCCGGUGCGGAGGCAAGAUCAUGGGAGAGACUACUGGCUGCACUGCCAUGGAGAGGAUAUACCACAUAAAAUGCUUCUGUUGCCAUCAGUGUGGUAUCAAUUUACAGGGUCGACCAUUCUACGCCGUCCAAGGCAAGGCUCUUUGCGAGCGCGACUACCUGGCUACUCUAGAGAAGUGCUGCGUCUGUGGUGACCCUAUCCUCGACCGCAUGCUUCGGGCCACGGGCAAGCCGUACCACCCGCGCUGUUUUACCUGUGUGGCGUGUCAUAAGAGUCUUGACGGGAUCCCCUUUACGGUGGACGCUGUUAACCGCAUACACUGUAUAGAGGACUUCCAUAAAAGGUACGCGCCUCGCUGCGCGCGCUGCCGCGAGCCGAUCGUGCCUGAAGGCGGCGCCGAGGAAACCGUCCGCAUCGUCGCUCUAGACAAGAGCUUUCACAUCGCCUGCUACUCCUGCGAAGACUGUGGAUCUUCAUUAUGCUCUCGACAAGAGGGUAGGGGUUGCUACCCACUCGAUGAUCACCUGUACUGUCGAGAGUGCAAUGCUAAGCGCAUACAAGACCUGUCGCGGAAUAUCAACUAGUUUGCUAGUAGAUCUUUCAUUGCCUGCUACUGGGAAGACUGUGGAUCUUCCCUGUGUUCCGGGCAGAUAAAGGCAGAUUGAGGCUGCUACCCACUUGAUGAUCGUCUAUGAGAGUACAACCCGAAGCGCAUGCAAGAUCUGUCGCGGAAUAUCAACUGGUGUGCUCCUUGAGAAAAUGUUUCAAAUCAGAGCAUUCCAUUAAAAUGUCACCUUCAGACGAGAGCUUCCAAAUCGCCUGCAAAGACUGCGGGAUCUUCAAUGUGUUCCGGACAGGAAGGUUGGUGUUGUUAUACACUCAAUGAUCACCUGUACUGUAGGGAGUGUAAUGCCAUAGAGAAAUAAGUAAGCAUAGAGUGCUCCAUACAUCAGUUUUCUUACCAAAACGCGUAUUAUUUUCGUAGUCAACAUCUGUAUAUAACUUGGAAAUUUCUACACAUGCCACCGUGACCGAUGGCUGAGCGAUCUAGGCAUCUGUCGCGUAAACAGAGGACGCUGGUUCGAUUCCAGCCCUGGACACUAGAGGCCUUGGUCAUUUUGUCCUUCGUAUAUGACAUUUAUUUUAAUUUUGAGAGGCUAAUUAUCAUUUUAUUCACUUCAUGCGGAAGUUGCUAUUCAGUAAAACAUCUUAAGUAACCCUUUUCCAGGCCGCACCAUCUACAAGGUUUUCCCACAAAAUUCAAAUAUAUUCAAAAUAAUCAUUGAUAAAAAUAAAUACAAAAUUUGAAAUAGAGGUUUAUUGUCAAAGAAAACUUACCGGGCACUACGUAAACGUUAUGGCUAUACCUUUGGCCUUGAUAGAUGCCGCCACUUUUUGAUACUUAACAAAUUGAACACAUAUUAGUGAAAGAAUAAGGAUGAAAGUCAAAUGGUAUGGGUCGGAAGAUGGCAGUAAAUUCACGUCGCUACAAAGUUUUCUUAAGACAAUACAUUCCUAUUUCGAAUUCUCUUUGGUAUUAAUUAAAGUAGGCAUGUACUUUAAUACUCCUAGACAUAAACUAUAAAAAUAUUUAGAAAAAUUGUUCAGCAUUUACAAAAAUUCAAAGUUUUGUAUUGGUUUUAAAUGCAUUUAUUUGUAUAUAGUAGUUGUGUACUUUUGAUUGUGUCCAUUUUGUGAUGUUGUUACUAAAUAUUAAUAAUCAAAAUGACUUAAUAUUAAUCAAGAUUUGAUGUUUGCAGUAUAUUUGUAUAUUAUAAGUUAUAUAAUCGUCGUUAUGAAAAUACUUGAUUAUAAUGAAGGCCUAUAUUCUGGUCGGUAAAAUAACAAAGCAUUUUGUUAUUUAAUAAGUGUUGAUCACCAAAUGGAAUUAUAAUAUUUUUCACAUAGCUUGGGUUCUGUGACAGCUGUCACCUCAAUACAAUUUCUAACCUUAAAAUGCCAAAUUGUACUGAGAUGACAGCUGUCACAGAACCCAAGCUAUGUGAAAAAUGUUAUAGCAACUUCAAUCAAUUUUUCGUGUUAUGGCUCCAUCAAGGUGUUGAUGAUUCUGCCAAUGUCGAGGUUGGAUAAGACACGGCUAUUAUAUGAAUCUUAUCAUAUUACGGUCAUAGACAGUGUUCGGUUAAAUGUUUGUAUAUGUGGUGCCAGCAUAGAUUUUACGUGUCUCUGGUUGUUCUAUGAGAUUUGACAUAAAGCGCUCCAGGAUUCGUAGGAUUGACAGGUAAAACCUAGGCUGGCCAUAUGUAGAAUACUUCGACCGGCAUGCCCAAAAACCUAAAAUAAAUAAAUAAAUUAUGUCCAAACUUUAUGGUACGGAUAAAAACAUUGCAUCGGCCUCAUAUUAUAUAGUAUUAUUGAAACAUUCCUAAUUAGUGUUUGUAUAUUCGUAUAAGUCUAAGGCUGUGUAGCGCUCACCAUUUGUAUUAAUUGUAUUGCAGUAUUAGUUGCAUAGAAUGUGAUUGUAACAUAAGUUUUUCUAAGAAUUAAAUAGUUCUUGCAUUUCAUGAACGCGAGUGAACUCACGAAAUUAGAUUCUUAAGAUCAUGUUAAUAAGAGUUAAUGUCAGCGAAAUUGUGAAAUGCAAGACCGGUGCAAGUACAGUUGCCAUAUGAAUCGGAGUGGCCAAUGUGCUCAAAAAUAUCUAAACAUGCACUUUAUCAUCUUGAUAAUAGAGGUUUCGUUCAGAUAUUUGUGAACACCUUGGCCGCUCCGAUAUAUCUGAUGGGACUGUACUAGUGCCGGUUCUUGCUUUUAUGCAGAGUGCCAUGUUUAUUAUGUAAAAAACUUAGUUGGUAAUUUACAACAUGCUUCUUUACGGCAAUAAUUUUAAGGGUAUGUUAUUGGAUUUAUUAGUGUUGUACUUAAUGUUAUCUAGAAUGCCAUGACUGUAUUAUAUUAUAAGAUGAACUUAAAAUUAUACUUACUCUGUUUAAAGAUUUUACGACAAUUAUGAAUAUUUACAUUGAUGUAACUAUCGAAAAUGCUUAUUACUUUGGCAUAUUUAUACUUAAAAUAUGUGCUAUAUAUGUAUCGAAAUAAAAAAUCCUAUGGACUAAA